ACCAGAAUCAACUGUGUCCAACUGAUCCACAGGUGCAGUUAACGCUUGGAGCGCUUGGUCCUGGAUACUACUACUACUACUACUACCAGGCCAGAGAAGAUGGGGUGCUGCUUUAGUAAAGAGCUCAACCUUGGCCCGCAGACUGAGAGGAGCAGUCUGUUACAGACCCCGAUCCACGAGGGGCUGAAAGAGGUGACAGAGCAGGUCAGACAACAUGCUGCCGCUGUGGCUCAACAAGUGGGCUCAGCCAUGGAGGAUAAGAGUGGGGCGGACAGAGCAGAGGAUGAGAAACGAGCUCCAGAGUUGGACCACAAAGUUUGUAAAGAGGCAGUCAGCGGGGACAGCUCCACGCGGAGCGAGGACGAUCUUAAACCAGCAAGCCCUCACGAGGAGAAGGCAGCUAUUAUUAUCACAAGCAGCACAAACACGCAUACAAACGUGGACGCAGAGACAGAUGGGACACAAACUGCCAGGGCCAGCUGCGGACCGGACCCGUAUAUGGAGAUGCCCACACAGAGUCCAGUCCAACAGAAGCCUAUGGAUAAUGCCGAAGUCAGAGCUUUAUGGUUUACUCAGCUCCCUGAUGAGCAGGAGAGGAAGACACCAGUGAGCUAUUGGUCUGCUCCUGCCAGGUUACCUGACUGCCAGGGUGAUGUCACAGUGCGUGAGUCGUCACAGGGGACAGACGAUCAUUUUCUGCUACCACCAGUCAGUGUGUGUCAAGGGAAACAACAGCACUUUGAGGAUGAGGAAGUGUGUGUUGUUGCAACAACACUGGGUCAAGGUUUCGAAACGAGGACCCGGAGCUUCUACAGCAUUUGUUCAAUUGACGCCGAUGACCUUGACCACGAGCACGUCCACAGCCAAAAACAAACAGCUGGAGCAACAGCCUCACCGCACACAGCUGAAAAAGAAACAGCUGCUCUGCCCUGCAUGUCUGAGUCCUCACUCUCCAGCCAAUCACACACAGAUCAGACCGCAGACUGGGAGUGGAAAACAACUCGCCGGUCACAUGAUGACGAAGCAACUUCAGCCCAAUCAGGUUCUGCAGAUCAAUCGUCUACCGUCCCGCCACGGACACACUCGGACAACUCACUCCCAGCACAGCAGACCGUCUCGCCUCGUCCGGUUGAACCCUCCACCAAUCACAUAAACAUGGAGGAGUCUCAGGAGUCCAAAGCGCAAGGCUCCCAGCUUGAAGACAUGAACUGUCAGACAGCUGCUGAAGACACAGAUGAGUCCAAGGAGGACAUGUUGAUGACAUCACACACUGAUAAAAAGGCAUCUGUUGAGGGAUCAGAGGUUAAAGUAUUAACAGAGGACAGUGUGCGUGUAUUGGAAGAGAGUGUGUGCUCGGGGAACUACAUGCCAGCACAGGGAGACUUCAGUGCCACAGAGGGAAUAUUGGACAAAUUCCAGGGGGAGAAGUUGGAUCAGUGUGUGGAUUCUGGCUUCAAUCCUCUGCAGGAGUCUGAGCUGUUAAAAGAGCAUCAGACACAAAGCUCACAAUCGGCAACUGCCACUCGUCACCUGAAUCCUUCUAGUCACAGCCCCAGUCCUUUAAAGCUUGACUUCAAACCGCUGCUUAAAGAGGAAGCUUCUCUGCCUCUGUCUGAGAUUGAGAUGGGUAAAUCGUCCCCGCAAAGUGAGGCCAUCCCUGUCACUUUCUGCCACAGCGAGGAUGUCCGCGACAGCAGCGCAACAGACACGACUUUAACAGAGGUGUCCUCAAUGUCAACCAUCUCUGCUGUAUCAUCAUUGCCCAUCGAGCUGACCGCCUUCUCCUGCCACACUACUCUGACUCCUCACUCAGAAGUAAAAAACACGCGUCAGCCCUGUGACGCCAUCACAUCUGACAAGUUAGAUUUCAAUUCAAAUUGUCCAACAUUGGAACUGAUGAGCAUAAGGCCUCCUAGUCAGCAUGAUGACAAACAGCCCAACAUGAAACCAGAAGAUUCUGUAUUUUCUCCGAAGCAUGGCUCCGAUGAUCCUUUUCAGGACUCCCUCAUGAGCGGAGAUGACAGACAGGCAGUCAAAAAUCUGGAAAUAUGUCAAGAUAGCAAACAUGAUGUGAUAGGUGAUGUGAAAGUUGUUUUACCUGCAACGACUGGAAGCGCCUUUCAUCUUGAAACAAGGGAUGAACAUUGUGACAUGCUGUCAGAGCCCUGUAACGACUUCAUGUCUGUAAACACAAACUUCCCUGUUCACAACCUCAAGGGCCUUGAGAGCAGAAUUGAGGAUUCGAGUCUCUCUCAGCCUCCUGCUACUGAAAGUGAGCUAUCUGUUUCUACUUCCUCUACUCCUCCUCCCCCUUAUUUGUCUCUGUGCACAUCAUCUGAGGAAUUUAAGCCAAGUGUUUUACCCGAGACUGAAGCUAAAAUCAUUCAGAGUGGAUGCAGACAAAUCCAAGUGCAGUUAAAUGCACCAGAGGAAAAAUGUAUUCAUGUAUGUGAGGAAGGAGACACGACAGCUGCACUGGAGUCACAGACUUACCCGCCCCUCACUGUGACAAUCAAACAUGACUCUGCAGUUUCAGUAGAACAGCAGCUACAUACUCUUCCAACAGCCUCUGAAAACACAGAAUUAUUAAGCGCCAGUGUUUUCUCUGACAGUGUAAAUCCUCAGGUGGAUAUCAGCCCACAGAAUGAUACUGCUGACUGUUUACCUCAACCUGGAGAAUUAUCAGAUGGAGUUCACUCAGAGGAGAUGAAUGAGGAGAAGAUGUCACUGGGGAAGCAUCCUGUCAUCAGUGAUAUUCCUCAAGAAACUCAAGAUAUUUCAGUUACUGAUGAGACAUCUUCCCUAAACUGUGAGGUGCAGGACGAUAGCAGCAUGCAUGACCUAUAUGUGGUUCUUAAUGACCGUAGUUGUCCAGAUGACAACAAUUCAGUUUUAAACUGCAAGGAGGACAACACCCGGAUCAAUGUGGACCCAGGUCAGAUUGAUGCUUACGCCUCAACUCCAUCAUAUGAGAUUCACUUCCUGCGUCAAGAGCACACAACUGCUGAGGAGGGCGAGAGGGAAGGAGGGAUGAGGGAGAUGGUGUCUGAGUUGCUGGGAGAGGAUGCUGAUGCAUCCAUCUGCCGCCUAUAUCCCCAGCCCUGGAUCAAACUGGGUCUGGAGGAGAGCUGCGGAGGCUGGGCUCAGGGCCCGUCUGAGGCUGAUCUGGGUCAGGGUGAGGGUGAGACUAAGACGGAGUCGGAGCAGAUCCCGACCUUGGUGUCAGAGCUGCAGCCCUCUAUGGCUCUGCUGGGAGCUUACCCCUACAGCACUGUGAUGCCUCAGGGACCCUGUGUGUGGGACUGGCACACAGACUGCACCCAGUCUACACCUGUUGCUGCUCCGAGCCUUAACCCUGACGCUGAGGUAUGGACCAAUCACAACUUUAGCCUUGACAUCUCUGGCCCCGCCUACCUGCAGACCCAGCAGCCAUGGCUGCAACUUCCUGAUGAUCUGACCAAUCAGGAAGGAUACAUGCCAGAGUUCCAGAUGGAGAAUGUCGUCCUGGCUGAGGGGGUAGUCGAGGCAGAUCCUGGCACACUAGAGUACCAGACGCUGACUGCAGAAGCUCCUGCAGUUAACGGAGAGCUGGGUGGACCUACUGUCAAAGAUGAGAUCAGACAAGAGCUUCAGAGUGUACUGGAGUCCUGCCUAACCAGGGAGCACCUUGGAAACGACUUGUACCUCAAUUCGCAAAUGGAUAGUGACCAGUAUGUUUCCAUAGCAACUCUGGCCAGCCUUGAUAAGAUCAAGACUCUAAGCACGGACUUGGACCUCAUCUCCGAAAUCCUGAAAACGCUGCCGCUGGUCCAGGUGGCUCCGUGUGGACAGAAGGUCCGUCCCCGUCAGAGUAGAUGCGUCGUCAUCCUGCGAGAGAUUCCAAAAAGCACACCUCAGGAGGAGGUCGAGGCUCUCUUUGAAGGGGCAACCUGCCAAAGUUCCUGAGCUGUGAGUUUGUGAGCAACGAUAACUGGUUCGUCACUUUUAAAUCAGAAACAGAGGCUCAACAGGCCUACAAGUACCUCAGAGAAGAGGUCCGGGUGUUUCAAGGAAAGCCGAUCAUGGUGAGGAUCAAAGCCAAAGCCAUGGCUGUAACUUCUUUC